AAAUGUUAGUUUAAUUUUUUUUCUAAGAAUAAUAUUAAAAAUGUUAUUCAUUUCCCUAUUUUGUCUGACGACGGCGCGAACCAUCAGAAUGGCUCUUUCGGUGGACUGUCGCCGGAGUUAGUCCAAACGCCGUUGUAAUUUCGGGACUCGGGAGCACCAUCUCUUUCAUGGAUUCCUUUCGAGUUUCUCCCUAUCAGUCUAACUCCUUCCGGAGACCACCAAUCCAUUAGGGUUCGUCAGAGUUGCGAUCCUAUUCCACCCGUGAUCGCGAGCUCUGACCGAUUAAACAAACUGGGCGCUUGUUCUCGUCUCCAUAAGUGCCUCCAAGUUAUAUUGCUCUGUCUCCUCAAGGGUUUUAUGAUCCCCUUUCGCUUUUGACUUGAGGAUGUCCAUGUUCUGAAAUUUUGAAGAGAUUAAGAUGACUCAACCAUCAGUGAUACUUGCAACCGCUAGCUAUGAUCAUACUAUUAGGUUUUGGGAGGCCAAAAGUGGUCGCUGUUACCGAACCAUACAAUAUCCUGAUUCUCAAGUUAAUAGACUGGAGAUUACCCCAGACAAAAGAUAUUUGGCUGCUGCUGGUAAUCCUCACAUACGGUUGUUUGAUAUCAAUUCAAACAGCCCUCAACCAAUAAUGAGUUAUGAUUCACAUACUAACAAUGUAAUGUCAGUGGGGUUUCAAUGUGAUGGGAACUGGAUGUAUUCAGGUUCUGAGGAUGGCACAGUAAAAAUAUGGGAUUUAAGGGCUCCUGGUUGUCAGAGAGAGUAUGAAAGUCGUGCUGCAGUUAACACCGUUGUUUUACAUCCUAAUCAGACUGAACUGAUAUCUGGAGAUCAAAAUGGUAAUAUCCGUGUGUGGGAUUUGACUGCAAAUUCAUGCAGCUGUGAAUUGGUGCCAGAAGUGGAUACAGCUGUAAGAUCUUUGACGGUUAUGUGGGAUGGGAGCUUGGUAGUUGCAGCAAAUAAUCAUGGCACAUGUUACGUCUGGCGCUUGUUACGUGGCACCCAGACGAUGACAAACUUUGAGCCACUUCAUAAACUUCAAGCACACAAGGGAUACAUUCUCAAGUGUCUUCUUUCACCUGAAUUCUGUGAACCCCAUCGAUACCUUGCCACUGCAUCUUCUGACAGCACUGUCAAAAUCUGGAACGUCGAUGGAUUCACAUUAGAAAAGACCCUUAUAGGACACCAACGCUGGGUGUGGGACUGUGUCUUCUCAGUUGAUGGUGCAUAUCUUAUAACAGCUUCUUCUGAUACUACGGCAAGACUCUGGUCCAUGUCAACUGGCAAAGAGAUGAAGGUUUAUCAAGGUCAUCAUAAAGCAACUAUUUGUUGUGCCCUUCACGAUGGAGCCGAGCCAUCGUCGGGUUGAAACUGGAGUUGGUGGUCAUAGUGUGUGGUAUACAGCCACCUCCUUUUCCGUCAUUUGUAAAUUAUAAAGAUAUUUGGUUGAGUCUUCCAGUAAGUGACAUAUUUAUAAAUCAAACAAUUUUAUUCUUCGGCAAUAGAGCUAAAUAAUUUAUCAA